AUGUUUCGCCGCCGCUGGUCGGGCCUCCCGGCAGACCCGAUCUUCGCAUCGGAUCUCAAGGAGCUUGGCUACUUUAUCAAUGACAUCGACGAGAUCCGCUCCAUCGACGACCCCGACUACUACUUCAAGUACUUCCUGACCAAGAACGAGCGCUGGAACGAGCGCCAGCGCUUCGCCUUCAACGAAGCCGUCCGUAAAGAAAUCCACACGCGCCUAGACACCCGCAACUUCACCACCAUCCCACUCCCCCUCAACACCCCACACACGCACCCCCACGUCCCCAUCCGCACGACCCCCAAUCUACCCAACGCCUCCCGCGCCGUGGUAUUCUUCCAUGAAUCGAGCCAGUCGCUCGGGGUGCUCGCACACCGGGUGAUCGGGGGCCGCGGCGGGGUGGCACGCGGGUCGGUGAUCGGCCUGGCCGAGGCUGUCGGCAAGCUGCAGUGCGGCGGCGAGGCGUCGCCGCCGGGCCUUGUGCUGGCCAAUGCCGGUGAGCUGUGGUGGUGGCCGGAGGGUGGUCGUGGCCUGACGCCGGUUGAGAGGCAUAGGGUGCCGAUGGCGAGUGCCGUGCAUGUGGGUCGGUAUCAUGAUCCGAAGGUGAAUGAGGUGCCGGGGCAGAGGACGGUUGCGGAGCAUGUGCGGGGGGUGUUUGAGGCUCUGGUGGAGGGGGGGUUGGUGAAUGGGGAGGCGAAGCUCGAUGUCAUUGCCGUGGGUGAUACGGCGGAUGAGGUGGAGAAGUAUCUGGACGAUGAUGAGGUAUGGCGGAAGGUUGGCGCGAGGCUGGGCUGCCUUGUGAUCUUGGGUGGUUUCUACAGCUCCAAGAACUUCAAGUGCGAUGACUUCAAGCAGUUCAUGAAGGAGCGUGCCCGCGCGUACAUGAUCCACCACACGCCCCUCGACACCCCCAUCGCCGGCCCCAGCGGCAACCCUGGCGCGGCCGGGUUCACCUCGUUCGGCUGCCCGGUCUUCAGCGCCGGCAAAGCCCAAGUCACCGAGACCAUACCCAUCGAGGCCCAGUCGGCGGUGCUCCAGUGGGUGCAGCAGGUCGCUCUGCAGGGAGAGGCAUACAAGAACGAGGUCGUCGAGAUCUUCGGCGAGGAUGGCAGCGGUGUCGUGCCUGAGAUUAGUUCGUGGUGGGGUACCCCGCAGGCGGAGGGCAAUAACGACGGCGAUGUCGAGGAUCAGGUAACGGAUACCAAGGCCGCGAAUGGCAAAACCAAGGGCAAUGACGGCGAGGCGCAGGCCGUCGAGGAGAACAACAAAACCCAUGAGAACGGCAAGGCGCAUGAGAACGGCGAACCCCACGGGAACGGCGAACUCCAUGGAAACAGCAAGGUCCAGAAGAACGGCAAAGUCCUCGAGAACGGCAAGGCCCACGAGAAUGACAAGACCCAUGAGAACGGCAAGGCUGAGGAGACCACCCGGGCCGACGAUACUGCGCAGGCUCAGGACAUUAGCAUCAAGGCCGCGGAUGGUAAAGCCGACAACAAUGGCGAUGAGUCGCAGACCACCGUGGAAAACAGCAAGGCCAAAGCAACCACCCAAGCCAAGGAGGAUACUGCAGAUGCUAAGAGCACUAGCACCAAGGCCACCGGCUCCAGCACCAAGACCGAGAACCGGGUGGUGCCCGUGAAGGGCAAUGGCGCGACAGAGGCCAGCGGAGUCGAGACUCCGAGACAGAAUAAUCCGCUUCUCCCAACCAGCGAGGGCCCCAGCGCCGAGGAUAUGAAGGAACUGGUGACAGAGAUGACGGAGCUCACGGCCACCCGCUAG